GCCCGAGUGGAUUACAGCCGAGUGCGGAGCGCGAGGAACCGCCAGGGUGUGUGUCGCAGACCGCUCGUCUUCGGCGGUUUGCUAGGCUCCUAUUAUGGCGGCGGCGGCGGCUGCGGCGGUUGCGGAGGAAGCGAGCGUGACCGCAACUGUUUCAGGUGCCGACAGCAAUGGUGAGUCUCCUGAAGUCGAAGGAGAAGGUGUUGGAGCAGUGGGCCAAGAGAAGGACGCAGCCACGAAAGGAGCGGAGGCCGUUGGAGACAGCGAGGAGGACGGGGAGGAUGUGUUCGAGGUGGAAAAGAUACUGGACAUGAAGACGGAGGGGGGUAAAAUCCUUUACAAAGUUCGAUGGAAAGGGUACACAUCAGAUGAUGAUACUUGGGAGCCUGAGAUUCAUCUUGAGGACUGUAAAGAAGUUCUUCUCGAAUUUAGGAAGAAAGUUGUGGAGAACAAAGCUAAGCCAGUCAAGAAGGAUAUUCAGAAACUGUCCUUAAAUAAUGACAUAUUUGAGGCAAAUUCUGAUAGUGAUCAGCAAAGUGAGACAAAAGAAGAUACUUCUCCAAAGAAGAAAAAGAAAAAAUUGAGGCAUAGAGAAGAGAAAAGCCCAGAUGAUCUGAAAAAGAAAAAAGCAAAGACUGGGAAACUAAAAGAUAAAUCCAAACCAGACCUGGAGAGCUCUUCUGAAAGUUUAGUUUUUGAUUUAAGGACAAAGAAAAGAAUUUCGGAAGCCAAAGAAGAAAUAAAGGAAUCCAAAAAGCCCAAAAAAGAGGACACAAAAGAAACUAAGGAAUUAAAGAAAGUUAAAAAGGGUGAAGGAAGAGAUUUAAAGGCUAAAAUAAGAGAAGAUUCCAAAGAAAACAGAAAAACAAAAAAAGAGAAAUGUGUUGAAUCUCAGUUGGAAUCUGAAUCAAGUGUACUUAAUGACUCCCCUUCUCAAGAAGAUGACAAUGAAGAUUUUCAUUCUGACAACAGAGAAGAGAAACAGAAGAUUAAAAGUGCAAAAGACAAAGCAGGGCAAGAUGCAAUUCAGGAUGUUUUUGAUAAACAGCCAGAUGGCUCUGUGAGUGCCGAUGAAGAUGCUGAUGUCAAAGCAAAGAGAAAAAGGAAAAAACUGAGAAAGACUGAGGAACUCAGAGAGAGCAAAACACUAGAAAACAGGAACCUUUUCCUAGAGAAGAAACCUAUACAUAAGAAGCAAAGGAGUCAGGACAGAGGCAGAAGCACCACAGAGUUAGAUAAGCUGAUACCUGCACCUGCCCAGACACAGAAGAGUUCAAGAGCAGGUGUGGAAGAGAGAGGCCUCAGGUCUACUGACUCAGCUGGGGAGGAGAAAGAGAUUAAAAAAAAUGAACCCAAAGAAAAAUACCAGAAAAGGCAGGAUUUGGACAAGGAAGAAAAAGGUCGUAAAGAGCCAAAGGGAUUAAAGACAUUUAAGGAAAUCAGAAAUGCAUUUGAUUUAUUUAAAUUAACUCCAGAAGAAAAAAAUGAUUUUCCUGAGACUAAUCGGAAAAGAGAAGAAAUACCACUAGAUUAUAAAAUCACAGAAGAUCACAAAACCAAGGAAAACAAGCAGUUACUUAAAGAAAGGAGAAAUACAAGAGAUGAAACUGAUACUUGGGCUUAUAUAGCUGCAGAAGGUGAUCAAGAGGUUCUGGAUAGUAUGAGCCAAGCAGAUGAGAAUUCUGAUGGCAGACAACAGAUUUUGAGUUUGGGCAUGGACUUGAAGUUGGAGUGGAUGAAAUUAGAAGAUUUUCAAAAGCAUCUUGAUGGGGAAGAUGAGAGUUUUACUACAGCAGAUGCAAUUCCGAGUAAUUUAUUGAGGGAUGCUGUGAAAAAUGGGGAUUACAUUGCUGUGAAGGUUGCACUUAAUUCAAAUGAAGACUAUAACCUGGACCAAGAGGAUUCAAGCGGGAUGACACUGGUGAUGCUCGCUGCAGCCGGAGGGCAAGACGACCUGCUGAGGCUCCUCAUCAGGAAAGGGGCUAAGGUGAAUGGCAGACAGAAGAAUGGGACCACCGCCCUCAUUCACGCAGCCGAGAAGAACUUCCUAACUACAGUGGCUAUUCUUUUGGAAGCAGGAGCUUUUGUAAAUGUCCAGCAGAGUAACGGUGAGACUGCUCUAAUGAAGGCCUGUAAAAGAGGAAAUUCUGAUAUCGUACGACUUGUAAUUGAAUGUGGAGCUGACUGCAAUAUUUUGUCAAAGCACCAAAAUAGUGCCCUGCAUUUUGCGAAGCAGUGUAACAACGUGUUGGUGUACGACUUGCUGAAGAAUCAUUUAGAGACACUUUCAAGAGUAGCAGAAGAAACGAUAAGGGACUACUUUGAGGCACGUCUUGCUCUGUUAGAACCAAUCUUCCCAAUAGCAUGUCACCGUCUCUGUGAGGGGCCAGAUUUUUCAACGGAUUUCAAUUAUAAACCCCCACAGAACAUACCAGAAGGCUCUGGCAUCCUGCUGUUUAUUUUCCAUGCAAACUUUUUGGGUAAAGAAGUAAUUGCUCGGCUCUGUGGACCGUGUAGUGUGCAAGCUGUAGUGUUAAAUGAUAAAUUUCAACUUCCGGUUUUUCUGGAUAGCCAUUUUGUUUACUCGUUCAGCCCUGCUACAGGCCUCAAUAAACUCUUCAUAAGGUUGACGGAAGCGCCUUCUGCCAAGGUGAAGUUGCUGAUAGGCGCAUACAGGGUGCAGCUGCAGUGACGGAACAGAGUCGGGACGGAGUCCUUUCCAGACCUGUUUUAGGACCCUGGCACAGCUAACACCUCCAGAUUUGAAGUUUCAUCUGUAAACCUCUUGCAGUUUCGGGCUGGGUAUCUGUUACGGGCUGUAAGAUGGGACGUGGGGGUUCUAAUAUAUUCUGAAAUAGAGAUGUAUUUGUGCCAGUGUUCUCAAAUCUCGAUGUUGUCUCCAGACUGCAUACUUCGGUUUUUCCACAAUGUGGAAUGGUAUAUAGAAUUAUUUAAGAAAAUUAAAAGUCUCUUUUCUAACUUGAAAUUUUCUACUAGCCCUGGUGAAUUUCUGCAUUAAAAACAAGUCUGUGUAUGCCAAGCACUAAGUAAGGGGCGAAUUUGCUGGCCUCGAAGGAUGACUUCUCUGACUUGGUAGGCAGGUUCGAGGGAGGCGGUUGCCACAGGUCCUGAAUUGGAGGUGACAACUUUUUGUAUUUGCAGUUACCCUUUAUUCCGGGAAAAGAUAAAAGAAGAUAUGACUCACGAACUAACUUUUAUCCUUGUUCUUAGAAUCCAUCAAGUAAUUUUUAAAAAGCAGAUCCUGUGCCCUUGUUACAAACGCUGGGAAGGCAGCCGAGGUUUGUCCGCCACACUGGGCCUCAUGUGAAGAGCUAUCGUCUCUACAGAUUCCCCACAGAUCUUAAAUUCUCUUAAGAAAUAUUUGGCAAACUAGUAAGUCAAACUCCAUCUGGACUACAGAGAUGUAUAAAAUCAUUUAGUUCCUGAUUGGUUUUAUAAUUGUUUGAAUUACAAUUUUAAUGAAAAUUUCAAAAGGUCACAUAUUUGACCACAUUGUACAGAUAUUUGAGAGAGCCGUUUUUACUUUACAGUACUAAAACGGCCUUUUCCUACAGUUUUCUCAAUAAAAUACCACAAUGUUGGUCUAUUUUCUUUGUAUUUCAAGUCUCAAGACUUCAAGGUGGAUACUAAUGUGUAAUAUUUUUAACUAAAUGACAGCUGGGAUUGGAAUUUUUUCAGCUAUAUUGAAUCAUGUACUAGUACUGUAUCUAGUACUUUCUAGAAAAAUCACAAGACCGAGCAGCAGUGGAUAGGUCAGGAACAGCAAGGGAGACAGUACCUUAAUCUAAUACACACUAAGAGAUAUGGGUUUUUAAAGAAAAUUUGUUCUGUCAAAAUCAUGCUGAAGAUCUCCAUCAUCAUCUUUAUAAGCACACAUUAUUACAAGGUGAUGUACUGUUGAUCCAAGAGGUAAGGCCAGGCUAGAAACCAAGUAGCACGACGAGUAGUUCCUUCAGUAGGAGUUUAGGCUCAGAAGGAUGAAAGCUGUUAGAAGUCAGCAAGGAGAAAAAAAAAAAAAAUCUUUAACAGAUGAAACUUAAUUAUAGGAAAAGUGGCAAGUUCUUUUGACAGAAGCGGGGUCAGGGAAGGAAGACAAAGUUUGAGCUUACUUGGAGUAACACCACCUUUGAGUUGUCCAUCUCAGCUUUGUGCCAGAUGUGCUAGUAAAUUCUGUAAACAGUUGUGUCUACCAGGAAUGGAAGGUACAGCCACACAACCUAAUACAUUUUGCUCUAAAUUAUACCUUUGUUGUUGUUCUUUUGAGAGAGAGGGAGGGGCAGAGAGAUGGAGGGAAACUCCCAAGCAGGCUCUGCGCUGACAGACACGGGGCUCAGACUCACAAACGGGGAGAUCAUGACCUGAGCCGAGAUCAAGAGCAGAUGCUUCACUGACUGAGUCCCCCCGGCGCCUCAGCUAUAGCUUCUCUGGAGCCAAAUGAAAAGCACACUUGUCCACUUUGGUUUCUUAAGGGUGAAGGAGACUUGAAUUGUCUUGAGACUCGCACUUGAGAGAGUGGUUUCUUGCUGGUUCUGUGAUGAGGCAGCUAAUAAUUCCGUCAGAUAUUAAUAAUGCUGCUACUUUGAUUAUUCAAAUAAAGUAUGUACAAAGUGUGAGCCUUGGUUUCUCUGGAAAACAAAGCAAUUCUCAAGCGGCAGCUUAACCAAAAGGUUUACAGACCUGCUUAGGUACUGCAGGUCAAAACCAAAGCAAUCUUCUUAGAAAGUAUAUACAACACAGAAUAUAUAACUAAACUUUAUCAUCUGGGCCGUGGGUGAUAUCACUAAGUACAUCAUCACUGAAAAGCACACAGUCCACAUUUUUACUUCAAUUUUAUCUUAGAAAAAAAUCACCCUCAGUCUUUACUCUUUUCUGGUGCAUAUGGCAGUGAGGACAUCCUAAUUGGAUGACUCAGUGAACUUCUAUAUCAUUCGUAUCUGGCCCACUCUAAUAAGCAUGGCUGUAGCGGAAAACACAUUAUACGGGCUUUUCUCCGCAAUGGUUAGUACCAAAGAGAAACCUCUAAUACCUAACACUAUGCAAAUGUUGGACCACAGUUAGUUUGCUUUCACUCCGAGAAUAGGUCAUUUAGGAUCACUGAUUAGCAAAGACCAAGGAAAAGGAGGAUACAUACGCCAGAAUUGUCAAAAAGUGACUUGAAUAAUUCUGAAAAUGUUAACAUUUCAUACAGUUCAUGUUUCAUAGCCUAAAUACUAUAUAAACUCCUAAAACUGUUGUAAACUUUUUAAACUUUAUUGGCUAAGUAAACGCAGAGAACCACUCACAGGAUCCAUACGGCUUUCCUCUUCUCUGUGCAGACUUGCAGAUAAAUCUCCUUUCAGACCAAACUGGGAUUUCUAGGCCUCACAUCUACUUCCAAGUAAAGAAAAGUGUUACUAGUAAGCUAAAUCUAAUUACAGUGAGGAGGCACAAAUAAGGACCAAAUUAAAAUCCAGAAAUAGUCCUCUGCCGACAUCCAGAGCCCCCAAGAACCCCAGCUGGAAUCUAACCCUAAUACUGCAUAUCAGUUUAACUUGGAAGAAAUUAAUUUUUCUUAUUCUACAACACACUAUUUCCCUCAUACUCUUUGCUUUCUUUGGGCUUAAAUAUAUAUACAUGGCUUUAGUAAAACAUGAUUUUCUCACAACAGUGCCAGAUUUCAUGAGUAGCCCCUUAUCUUGGGGACUGACCCCAAAUUGCAGGCUAGAGGGGAUGCCAAAAAAAAUCCCUCUAACAGUUCCCAUUUAUAGCAAAUUGAAAGGAGAGUUUGUCUGUCAUUCUGUAUUUGUAGGCUACUACCACACUACUUUGCAACGUCAGCCAGCAAGAACUCUUACAACACCUGAAUGAAAGUGGAAGUUUGCACCAUUCCAGAUAUUUUAACCACGGAAAAUUUGUCCAUGAGGCAUAAUGUCAAGUGUUAACGAUUAUUCAUAAGUUGUUUAUAUGGAGUAAUAAAUUCACAAGUGAAAUCUGU